AUGAAUAAUUUAUCAGCUGCUAAUAAAAAAUCAUCCGUUCAUCAGCAAGGUUAUAUUUGUACAGUAUGUGAUGCACCAGCCACAGGUUUUAAUUUUUCUGUGAGAACAUGUAUGUGUUGUAAAGCUUUUUUUCGUCGUAAUGCAUUAUAUGGCUUAGAGUCAUUACAAUGUCGAUAUGCAACUGAUAAUUGUAUUAUUAAUAUGAAAACACGUCGCGAUUGUUCUUAUUGUCGUCUGAAAAAAUGCUUUCAAGCUGGAAUGAAAAAAGAAUCAAUAUUAAGUGAAGAAUUUAAACGUCUAAAACGUGCAAGAAUCCAUGAAAAUCGAACAAUGCCAUCUCAUGUAGUUCAGCUGAAUGAUUCAUUAGAUCAUAGACAAGAACUUCGAUUAGAAACACACGAUUGGAAUAAUAUUAAAAGAAUUCAUAAUAAAUAUGAAGAAUACUGUUAUUUACCAUUAUUAUCAUUUGAAAAAAAUGAAUAUGCAUCACUGUGUCAACAACCAAUUAAAUCAAGAAUUAAGAUACAACAUUAUAUUCGAUAUUAUCAAAAAUAUGAAACAUCAUUAAUCAAUUUUUUAAAAAGUUUACCCGAAAUAAAACAAUUAUCCGAUGAUCAACAAAAUGCAUUAAUUAAACAUAAUGUGACAUUUUUAGUUCGAAUUAGUAUGAUUGAAACAGUAGAUAAUCAAUUACCAAUAUGGCCUGCGAUUAAUUUAUUACUUCAGAUAUUAUUUGGACAGUCACUAAUUGAAGAAGCUGAUACUUUAUUUCAUACAUGGAAAGAGUACGUCAAUGAUUCAACAUGUAUUCGAUUAUUAUUAGUAGUUUUACUUUUUUCAACCUGUAAUAAAUAUACUGGAUUGCUGGAUACAUUACAUAUAUAUAAAAUUCAAGAAAAAUAUACGAAUUUACUGUGGUUAUAUUUAUUAGAUCAUUAUGGUGAAUUAGUAGCAUUUAACAAGUUUUCAACAAUGAUUUAUUAUUGUUUGCGUCUAGUGACACUAAGUCACAUGGCUGAAUUAAAAAAGCAAGACAUGCAAUUGUAA